ACCACCAAUGGAAGAUCCAAAUUCGUGGGUUUUGGAAAUUGCAAAAAUCGAAAGUUCAAAUUUAUUUAGGCUUGGACAACAAGGCUGAGGAGAUGGGGGCUUGGAGAAUAAGGGUAACUUGGAUAAUUCCUUGGCUUUGGUGAAGGGAGUUGGUACGAAGCAAAUGCAGAAUUUGGGGGUUUCGAAUAUUAAUGAUGAUUUGACCAUGUUGGGUGUUAAUUCUCAUUUUAAUCCAACUUCCAAUGAUCCAGUGGAGGCAGUGGUGAAACUUAACAGUGAGGUCCUCGACCCUAGGAGAUAUUCAGCUGUUAUUUUCAAGGAGAAUAAGGUACCCAAAAUUAUUAGUUCCAAUGAAGAUGCUGAUUUGAUUGGGAGGUAUAAAGGAAUUUUGAUUUCAAAAGGGAAGGAUCAAGGGCUAAGGGUGGAUCUGUCUGUAGUGGCGGCGUUAUCAACAAAAUCAUUUUGAACCAUGGGGGAUGUUUUAAAAACUCUAGUAAUGCGAGGGUUCCAUUAUCAGAUUCUAUGAACUCCAUGGCCAAACUCAUUUGCUCGCAGAUUGACAUUGAGAUUGAGAAGGGAAAUUUGAACCGUGAUGGGAAAAGCCGUGAAGAAGGCUAUUUACCAGUAUUUGCGUAGCCCUAAUUGUCGUAAACGGAGGUGUCUUUGGGAUGCUUUAAAGGCGAAUUUUUUGGGUAAUGGCUAUCAUUGGAUGGUAGUUGGAGAUUUUAACGCACUUUUAGCCUCCAGUGAAAAGAAGGGUGGGCGAGUUAGUGGAAAAAGAUAUUCUUAUUUUGGGAACUUUGUAGAUUCGACAGGGGUUCAUGAUUUUGGAUUCAAAUGUGCUCCAUUCACGUGUUGUAGAAGUGGAGUCUAUGAACGACUUGACAGAGCUAUCGAAAAUUAUGUGUGGCUUGUGUCUUUCCCAAAUUAUUUUGUGACUCACCUCUCCAGACUCAUAGCUGAUCACAGGCCUUUGGUCUUGACUCUUCAACCUAUGCUUCAUUCUGUUAUGGGAUCACCUUUUCGUUUUCUGGCAAGAUGGAUUGAACACUGGAAAUUUUUUUACUUUGUUAAGAAGAAUGGGAACUUUAAUGGCUCGAUGUUCAAUACAGUGGCAAACUUUACGAAUCAACUAAAAGAGUGGAACAAACAGGUAUAUGGUCACAUUGGGUUUCAAAAAAAAAAAAGCCUGCUUCAAAAGCUUAACUGUAUUCAAUGGGAAAUAGAUUGUUCCUAGUCAAAUUCUCUACUUAAGUUGGAUUUAGAAGUUAAGGAGGAGCUGGAACAGGUUUUGUGCCAUAAAGAACUUCUUUGGAAAUAGAAGGCGAUAUGUGAUUGGCUCUCUUUGGGUGACUGAAAUACUAAUUUUUUCACAGGUGCACUCUUGGAAGAAGAAAGCAGAAUUGGAUUACGACUUCGAAAACUGAGGUAGAGGUAUGGAUCUUUGAUAAGGAAGGCUUGCAACAUGAGGCAAUUUGCUUCUUCAAGAAUCUAUAUAGUGAAAAUCUGUGACCGAUAAGGGGACUUUCUACUAGUUCAUUCCCACAGCUUGAGGAUAGCGAGGUCUAAUUUUUAAGUAAGCCUAUCUCUAAUGAGGAGAUAAAGUCUGCUUUGUUUGAUUUGGGGCCUCUAAAGGAUCCGGGAAGUGAUGGAUUCCAUGAUCUUUUCUUUCAGAGCCAAUGGGAUCAUCUUGGGAGCUCAGUUUGUGGAUUGGUCAAAAGUAUUUUUGCAGGGGAAAAAUGACCCAGAGCUAAACAACACUUUAAUUGUUCUUAUUCCCAAUGUUCCGAAUCAUAAUGUUUUUCUCAGUUUCAACCUAUCAGUUAGUGUUCGGUUCUUUAUAAGUUGGUAAUGAAGAUUAUUGUCAACUAGUUUAAGUUGGUCUUCCCAAGAAUUAUUGGCCAAGAGCAGAGUGGUUUUAUUGCAGGAAGAAGCACUAUCGACAAUAUUAUUAUUGCUCAGGAAGUGUUUUACUCCAUGAGAAUUAAGCAAAAGUCUAGUAAUUGGUUUGCAAUCAAGAUUGAUUUCAAGAAGGCAUAUGAUUGUGUGUGAUAGAAGUUUAUUGAAGCAUCCUUUCAAGUUGUAGGUAUUCCAAAUUUUUUAAAUAAUGUUUUUAUGUCUGCUAUCAAAACUUCCAUUAUGUAGAUUCUGUGGAACGAAACACCAUCCUGGAAGUUUCGACUGACUAGAGGGGUACAUCUUUCUUUUGUGCAUAGAAUGGCUCAGUCAUAGUAUCCACUGAAGUAUCAAUUCUGGGUGUUGGAGACCUAUUCGUUUAUCUCGAUCAGCUCUUCUCCUCUCUCACCUUUUUUACAAAUGAUUUGAUUUUGUUUGGCCAAGUAAAAAAAAAAAAGUUAAGCCACAAUCAUGAAGAGAAUAUUAAAUAGUCUUUGUGAUUAUCUUGGGCACAAAAUUAAUGCUACUAAAACUAAUAUCUACUUUUUUGAUGGUGUAAGUGAGGCUCUAGGAGGUAGAGUAGGUAGUUUUAUUGGUUUUUAGAAGUUCAAAAUCUUGGGAACUAUUUGGGCGUACCUUUGUUUCAUGAAAUAGUAACAAAUAACACUUUGUGGUUUGUUGUGGACAAGGUUCAAAGCAAAUUAUAGAGUUGGGAUACAAGGUCGUUGUCUUUAGCGUUAGGGUCACUCUAGCUCAAUUGGUUUUAUUGGUGAUUACCAGUUAUUUCAUGCAAUCAAUGAUGAUACCCAAAAGUCUUUGUGAGGAAAUUGAAUGUAUGGUGCGUCAAUUUGUUUUGGGGAUCUUCGAGUAGUGGUAGAAAAGUGGCUUUAGUUAGUUGAAAAGACGUAUGUCAGCCUAAAGAUCAUGGAGGUCACAGUUUUUGAAAGCUUCAGGACCAUUACACGUCUUUUAUGUUGAAGCUAGGUUACAAACUUAUAGCAGAUUCUAAAACUCUUUGGGCCCAGGUUCUCUAAGCUAAAUAUGGAGUUGCAAAAGGUUUGCCCAAAUCCCUAACGCACAGAAGGAGUUCGUUCUUGUGGAGAGCCCUCAGUAAAGUUUAGCCACUUAUUCGAGAGAAUCUGCUUUGGUCAAUGGGAGAUGGGAAAAGUGUCAUAUGUUGGCAUGAUCCAUGGGUACCAUGUGUGAGGCCUCUUGUCAAUAUAAUUCUUGAUCAUACAAACCUUGAUUUGGAAUGGGUUUUGAAUGAUAUGGUUCUAUGUAAUGGCAAGUUGGAAUAUGGAUCUAUUUUGACUCUGAUUGUCUAAGGUGAUAGUUCGUAAGAUUACAAGGGUCUCCCCACCAUAUCCGGUAGUAGGAAUUGAUAGAAUUAUCUGUGAAGGCACUUCAACAAGCUCAUUUUUCGUUAAAAACAUCUAUGGGAAACUUCGAAAAAUGUCUUAGAAACCAAAGGAAGAGGUGUGGCGGAUUCCUUAAAAGUUUCAAGGACCUCAAGGGGUUAGAUUUUUCAUUUGGCUUACGUUCAAGCAGAGGUUACUAACUAACGUAGAGAGAGUUCAUCGAGGUCUCGGGCACAAUUCAAUGUGUAGGGUUUGUGGGCAUAUCUCGGAAGAUGUGUUGCAUGCUAUUAAGGACAAUACUACAGCGCCAAACAUUUGGAAUCUUUUAAUCCCUUAUGAUUGGCGUAACAUAUUUUACUCUGACAAUCUAUAAUAUUGGCUCACCUUAAACUUACAAAACUGUCAAAAUUUUCGUUUUGGUAAGGUUAAUUGGCAAUGCUUAUUUGGGGUUAUUAUUUGGCAUAUUUGGAAUAAUCGUAAUCUCUUCAUAUUCCAGGGUCUUUUUUGGAGUAAUGAUUAUUAUGUUAAGGUUUCUUAUAGCUGGGCCAAACAUUUUGCUUUAUUUGGUAGGGCCUUAACAUGUUCGACUCAGAUUUCGACUCAUUGCACACAUUUGGUUGAGAGUUGGGCCUGUUUGAAUACUAAUGGUUCUGUAAGAUAUGGGAAUGAUUUUGCAGUUGCAAAGGGAAUCAUGAGAAACUGAAAUGGAAAGUGGAUUAUUGGUUUUAAUAUAUUAUUGGGGAGCUAUUCAGUGUUGGAGGUUGGACUUUGAGGCAUCUUGAAUGGUUUAGGCAUAUUUGUUGAUCGGGGCUAUGACCACGUGUUAAUCCAGACCAAUAGCCUUGAGGUAGCUAAGGUUAUUCAAAAGAGACUUACGAGAGGAUCUAAUUCAUCCUUGAUAAAGAGGAUUCUUUAGUUGUUGUCACAGUUUAAGCGUUGGAGUAUUUCUCAUAUUUCUAGAGGGGACAAUCAGGAUACUGAUAAUCUGGUCAAGCUGGCACAUUGGGGAAGCCAUGGAUUGCGAAUUUUUGAAGUAUUCCCGUUUGAGGGAUUAAGCUAGCUUAUAUCAUCUGUACUUAUUUUAUUUUUUCACUAUCACCAAAAAAAAUUAUGAAAAGUAACAAAUAAAUUACUUACAAAUUAUCUAA